AUGGAGCGCGGGAAGUGCCGGGGCCCGCUGGCGCCGGCUCUGCUGCUGCUGCUGCUUCCGCUGCUGCUUGCGCUUGCGGCGGGGAUGGCGGCCGCCCUGGGCCCGGCCCCGGAGCUCGCCGCUGCGGAGCAAGCAAACGCCUUUGGCCUAGGUGCUUCGGCCGCUCCGACUUCGGCCAACGCUGCGGUGCCCUCGGCAGCUGCCGCCGAGGUGACGGUGGAGGACGCCGAGGCGCUUCCGGCGGCCGCGGGCGAUCAGGAGCCGCGGGAGCCGGACUUGGACGACGAGCCGGAGCUGCGGCCGAACAGCAGGUCGCUGGUGAUCAUCAGCACGCUGGAUGGCCGCAUCGCCGCCCUGGACCCUGACAAUCGCGGGAGGAAGCAGUGGGAUCUGGACGUGGGCUCGGGCUCGCUCGUGUCCUCGAGCCUCAGCAAGCCCGAGGUGUUUGGGAAUAAAAUGAUCAUUCCCUCCUUGGACGGGGACCUCUUCCAGUGGGACCGAGACCGGGAAAGCAUGGAAGCCGUUCCUUUCACCGUGGAGUCUCUGCUCGAGUCCUCCUAUAAGUUUGGAGACGACGUGGUUUUGGUUGGGGGAAAGUCUCUCACCACGUACGGGCUCAGCGCGCACAGCGGCAAGCUGAAGUACAUUUGCUCCGCCAUGGGCUGUCGCCGGUGGGAGGAUGACGACUUGGAACAAGAAGACAUUCUUCUUCUGCAUCGCACCCAGAAAACAGUGAGGGCCGUGGGGCCCCGCAGCGGCCAUGAGAAGUGGAACUUCAGUGUGGGCCACUUCGAGCUGCGCUACGUCCCCGAGAUGGACGCCCGCGCUGGCUUCCUCGAGAGCGACCUGAAGCCGAGCGUGAAGAAGGGGGAGGCCAGGAUCAUCUGGGACGUGGAGGAGCAGGAGGCCGCCCUGCGGGACACCAUCAUCAAGGUCUCCGUGGCCGACUGGAAGGUCCUGGCCUUCAGUAAGAAGGGGGGCCAGCUGGAGUGGGAGUACCAGUUCUGCACCCCCAUCGCGUCAGCCUGGCUUGUGAAGGACGGCAAAGUCAUCCCCAUCAGCCUCUUCGACGACACCAGCUACGCGGCCGAAAGCGAGACUCUGGAAGAUGAAGAAGACAUCGUGGAAGCGGCGCGGGGAGCCACAGAGAGCAGCGUCUAUCUGGGGAUGUACCGAGGUCAGCUGUACUUGCAGUCAUCCGUCAGGAUUUCUGAAAAGUUUCCUACAAAUCCAAAGGCUUUGGAAUCUGUCAACAGUGAAAAUGCAAUUAUCCCUUUGCCCACGAUCAAAUGGAAGCCCUUAAUUCAUUCCCCCUCCAGGACUCCUGUGCUGGUGGGCUCCGAUGAAUUUGACAAAUGUCUCAGUAAUGACAAGUUUUCUCAUGAAGAAUACAGCAACGGCGCGCUUUCCAUUCUACAGUAUCCCUACGAUAAUGGCUAUUAUUUACCGUACUACAAGAGGGAGAGGAAUAAACGGAGCACACAGAUCACUGUGAGAUUUUUUGACAAUAUGAAUUACAACAAAAAUAUCCGCAAAAAGGACCCUGUCCUCCUUCUGCACUGGUGGAAAGAAAUAGUCGCCACCAUCUUGUUCUGCAUCAUAGCAACAACUUUUAUUGUGCGCAGACUGUUCCACCCUAAUCCUCAUCGACAAAGGAAGGAAUCUGAAACUCAGUGUCAGACUGACAGUAAGUAUGACUCCAUAAGUGGUGAAGGUAGCGACAGCGGCUGGUCCGAUUCCAAGUCCUCUGGAUACACAUCAAGAUACCUAACAGAUUUUGAGCCCAUCCAGUGUAUGGGUCGUGGAGGAUUCGGCGUGGUCUUUGAAGCUAGAAACAAAGUUGAUGAUUGCAAUUACGCCAUCAAGAGAAUCCGACUCCCCAAUAGGGAAUUGGCCCGUGAGAAGGUGAUGCGAGAAGUUAAGGCUUUAGCCAAACUUGAGCAUCCAGGAAUUGUGAGAUAUUUCAAUGCCUGGUUGGAAGCACCGCCGGAAAAAUGGCAGGAGAAGAUGGAUGAGCUUUGGCUGAAAGAUGAAAGCACCGACUGGCCU